GCCAUUUUAGGAGACACCGCUUGGGCAAGCGAGGCGUGCAGUGAGUCAGUCAGACAGUCUUUCGGCCUCGAAGCAGAAGGAGCAGCGGAAGCCAUGGCGGCCUCUGUGGGGAACGUCGCCGACAGCACAGGGCUAGCGGAGUUGGCUCACCGGGAGUAUCAAGCAGGAGACUUCGAAGCUGCAGAAAGGCACUGCAUGCAGCUGUGGCGACAAGAGCCCGACAACACAGGCGUGCUCUUGUUGCUCUCGUCCAUCCACUUCCAGUGUCGCAGACUGGACAGGUCUGCUCACUUCAGCACUUUGGCAAUCAAGCAGAAUCCCUUGCUGGCAGAAGCCUACUCCAACCUGGGGAACGUGUACAAGGAACGUGGACAACUGCAGGAAGCCAUUGAACACUAUCGGCACGCCCUGCGCCUCAAGCCAGACUUCAUUGACGGAUACAUCAACCUUGCUGCUGCUUUGGUAGCUGCAGGUGAUAUGGAAGGAGCGGUGCAGGCAUAUGUUUCUGCCCUGCAGUACAACCCUGACUUGUACUGUGUGCGUAGUGACCUGGGGAAUCUGCUCAAAGCCCUGGGUCGCUUGGAAGAAGCCAAGGCCUGUUAUUUGAAGGCAAUUGAGACUCAGCCCAAUUUUGCAGUAGCCUGGAGUAACCUUGGCUGCGUGUUCAAUGCGCAAGGAGAAAUCUGGCUCGCCAUCCAUCACUUUGAAAAGGCUGUGACCCUUGAUCCAAAUUUCCUGGAUGCUUAUAUUAAUUUGGGAAAUGUCUUGAAGGAGGCGCGCAUAUUUGACAGGGCGGUUGCGGCCUACCUGCGGGCCCUGAGCCUGAGCCCAAACCAUGCUGUGGUGCACGGCAACCUGGCCUGUGUGUACUAUGAGCAGGGGCUGAUUGACUUGGCCAUCGACACCUACAAGCGAGCCAUUGAGCUGCAACCACAUUUUCCUGAUGCCUACUGCAACUUGGCCAAUGCCCUCAAGGAGAAAGGCAGUGUCGCUGAGGCAGAGGAGUGUUACAACACGGCACUCCGCCUCUGUCCCACUCACGCAGAUUCCCUCAACAACCUUGCCAACAUCAAGCGGGAACAAGGCAACAUUGAGGAGGCUGUUCGACUCUAUCGCAAAGCUCUGGAGGUUUUCCCAGAGUUUGCAGCUGCCCACUCCAACUUGGCCAGUGUUCUGCAGCAGCAAGGGAAGCUGCAGGAGGCCCUCAUGCAUUACAAGGAGGCAAUUAGAAUCAGCCCCACAUUUGCUGAUGCCUACUCCAAUAUGGGAAACACCUUGAAGGAGAUGCAGGAUGUUCAGGGAGCUUUGCAGUGUUACACCCGGGCCAUCCAGAUCAACCCGGCCUUUGCUGAUGCACACAGCAAUCUCGCCUCCAUCCAUAAGGAUUCGGGUAACAUCCCAGAAGCCAUUGCAUCCUAUCGCACUGCACUGAAGCUGAAGCCAGACUUCCCUGAUGCCUAUUGCAACUUGGCCCACUGCUUGCAGAUAGUUUGCGAUUGGACUGAUUAUGACGAAAGGAUGAAGAAGCUGGUCAGCAUUGUGGCUGACCAGCUGGAGAAGAACCGGCUGCCCUCGGUCCAUCCCCAUCACAGCAUGCUGUACCCCUUGUCCCAUGGCUUCCGCAAGGCCAUUGCUGAGAGGCAUGGCAACCUGUGCUUGGACAAGAUCAACGUGUUGCACAAGCCUCCUUAUGAACACCCCAAGGACCUGAAGGCCAGCGAAGGGCGGCUCCGUGUGGGAUAUGUCAGCUCCGACUUCGGAAACCACCCCACCUCCCACCUGAUGCAGUCAAUCCCCGGCAUGCACAACCCGGACAAGUUUGAGGUGUUCUGCUAUGCCCUUAGCCCCGACGAUGGGACCAACUUCCGGGUGAAAGUGAUGGCGGAAGCAAAACACUUUGUUGAUUUAUCUCAGGUCCCGUGUAAUGGAAAAGCCGCUGACCGCAUCCACCAGGACGGCAUCCACAUCCUCGUCAACAUGAAUGGCUACACCAAAGGGGCCCGGAACGAGCUCUUUGCCCUCAGGCCUGCCCCAAUCCAGGCGAUGUGGCUGGGCUACCCAGGGACCAGCGGGGCUUUAUUCAUGGACUACAUCAUCACAGACAAAGAAACCUCCCCAUUUGACGUGGCUGAGCAGUAUUCUGAAAAGCUCGCUUAUAUGCCAAAUACGUUCUUCAUCGGAGAUCAUGCCAACAUGUUCCCGCACCUGAAGAAAAAAGCUGUGAUUGACUUCAAAUCCAAUGGGCAUAUUUAUGACAACAGGAUCGUUUUAAAUGGCAUCGACCUGAAGGCAUUUCUCGACAGCUUACCUGAUGUGAAAAUCGUAAAGAUGAAGUGUCCCGAUGGAGGAGACAACGCAGACAGCAAUGCCGGCCUGAGCAUGCCUGUCAUCCCCAUGAACACCAUUGCGGAGGCUGUGAUCGACAUGAUAAACCGGGGGCAGAUCCAGAUCACGAUCAACGGGUUCAACAUCAGCAAUGGGCUGGCCACCACUCAGAUUAACAACAAGGCUGCCACCGGGGAGGAGGUUCCACGCACCAUCAUCGUCACCACCCGCUCCCAGUAUGGCCUGCCGGAGGACGCAGUCGUCUAUUGCAAUUUCAACCAGCUUUAUAAGAUUGACCCAGCCACUCUGCAGAUGUGGGCCAACAUCUUGAAGCGUGUCCCCAACAGCGUCCUGUGGCUCCUGCGCUUCCCGGCCGUGGGGGAGCCCAACAUCCAGCAGUACGCCCAGAACAUGGGCCUGCCCCAGAGCCGCAUCAUCUUCUCCCCAGUGGCCCCCAAAGAGGAGGGGCUCCAUCUGUUUGCUGAUGACCCUUUUCUUCCGCUUCCAGGAGAGACGCUUGCGUCGCGUGUUGCUGCCUCCCAGCUGACUUGCCUUGGCUGCCUUGAGCUUAUCGCCAAAAGCCGGCAGGAAUACGAAGACAUUGCCGUCAAGCUGGGAACCGAUUUGGAAUACCUGAAGAAAAUCCGCGGUAAGGUCUGGAAGCAGAGGAUAUCCAGCCCACUCUUCAACACCAAGCAGUACACAAUGGAGUUGGAGCGGCUUUACUUGCAGAUGUGGGAGCGCUUCUCGGCUGGCAGCAAACCCGACCACAUUAUUAAGGCCAUAGAGAGCGGCGGCGAGUCGGCCUAAGAAGCGGGAGCGGUGUGAGGGCCCUUUUGGGAGGCCUUCCUGACUUCUGGACCAAGGCCAACGGAAGCUGCAGACUCCAUCUCUGCCUGGUCCUUUGUCGUGGGUGCAAUCCCUUUGCAGUCGGCUAAGAGCACCGCCGGACCCCUCCUUCCUCUCCUGCAUGUCGGAGGGACGAGGAACGCUGCUGCGUCUCCCUGUUUCAUGAGGGGAAGGAAAAGGGGGGCAUCUUGGCCAGGCAAUAGUGCUUUCAUGGAUUGAUGAUUCAGUUUUCCUGUGAGUUAGGUUUCUCUCUUCCUUUGUGGAUCUGGAAUCGGAGCUUUGAAAAAAAGAUCCUUGGCUUUCAGGUUGUUCCUGUGGGGUCUUCCCCCGGGGGUGCGCAUUGCCCCUCCCAAGUGGAAAGGCCUUUCUGCUGGGAGGGAAGCUUCUCUUUAUGGGUUUUAUAAACCGACAUCGGCUCCAUUCACGUCCGACUCCCUUCUUGGAGGGACUUUUCUGUGCUGUGUUGGUUUAGGUGAGGAUUUCUUUGCGAAACAAAGCCUUCCUCCUUCAGUUCACUUCGCGUUGGCACAUCUCUGUAGAAAAAAAGGGCAAUUCGAUUUAAGAAACGCAAAGCUUCCCUCUCCCUGAAACGUUUGGAGAGAAUACAACCCAGUGCCAAACGCGUAUCCUUCAGGAACAACGGUGUCAAUUAUGUAUGGAGACACCAGCCAAGCCGCUGCGGCAGACUUUAGCAAUGAGAAUAAUUAAUAAUAAAGCAUUGGUUUGCCUAGGUUGUGGCCCCUUGGACCCGUCUCACCGCCCCUCCUUUUCAAGGCCAUUCUGAGCUGGGCUGCUUGGCCUCUUCCUGGGCCCUUUUAGGCUCUUUUUAAAAUGCAGCUCUUCUGUUUGCUUCAACAAAACUCCCAGGUAAGUAUGGAUUCUCUUUUCAGCAACUGCCAAGAGUUUGAAACAUUGAAUAUUAUUUUGGGGGUACAGCCUCUGGAGGUGUCUGUUUGGGCAGAAGGCUUGGCACCCCAUUUGAAUGACUUUGCCACGCUUUGAACCAAGCGGUGAAGGAGAGAUUUAUAGAGCGAAUGAGGAAGACGUUGCUUUCCAGAGAUUUUUGUCUGCAGGCUGAAAGCAAAGGGGAUCAUUGCUUUUGCUGCACAUGGAGGCUUGUCACUCCUCGAGAAUGCAUUUCCUACUCCAGGUAGUGGGUGUCAGACACUCUUGAAUAGUCUCUGGAUUCAUUAUGCCAAGGUCUGCCAGAGUUUUAAAAUGAUUCUGGCCCUGACCAGAUGGAGUUCAAACCCUUAUUCCGUUUCAGCCCAUGUGCAGCUGCAAGAAUCUGGGACCUCCGAAGCCCACCUUUUAUUGAGAUUAUUAUACAGACGGAUGGAUACACAGACACUUGGGGUCUUUUGAGUUUUUUCCCUGUUAGGAGUGGUGUAUGUCCUUGCCAGUGUGGUUUGAAAGGCCAGAGGGGACUCCUUUCCUGUUGAGUGUUUUCCUUCUGCUUGCUCACUGUAACAGCUUUGGUCCCCAGAUAAAAGUGUCUGAUAAAUACAGAUGAAAAUCACA